GGUAAAUUCACCCGUUCCCGUUCUUCCUCCCAACACCACCAGCGCGCUUCCCACUUCCCGGUAACUCCCCUACCCUCCUCCUCCUCCUCCUCAUCGACCGCCAUGAAACCGUGGCAGCUGCUGGCAGUGGCGGGAGGAGAUGCCCUUCAGAUUCCAGGCCAGCAAAUGAGUUGUGACGCCAACCAGCUCAGGUGCACAGAGACUACACGUGUAGCCUGGAGCAAAAUGAUGGGUAAUCAGGACGCCCCUGCCCCACCAGAGCCCAUGGCCCAGCCGUAUCCCUCCGCCCAGUUUGCCCCUCCUCAGAACGGCCUACCCACUGAGUACCCGGCGUCUCACCCUCACCCCGCCCCUGAGUACCCGGGCACAAGCGCCGUACCUGAGCACACGCUGAACAUGUAUCCUGCAGCGCACACACACAGCGAGCCCAGUGCCGACUCCAGCGCACACACCGUCUCCGGCACAGCCACGCAGACAGACGACGCAGCACAGACAGACAGCCAGCAACAGACGCAGUCCUCCGAAAGCACGGAAAACAAGACGCAGCCGAAGCGACUCCACGUCUCCAACAUUCCCUUCAGGUUCAGAGAUCCCGACCUCAGGCAAAUGUUCGGCCAAUUUGGUAAAAUCUUAGAUGUUGAGAUCAUUUUUAAUGAGAGGGGAUCUAAGGGUUUUGGUUUCGUAACUUUCGAAAGUAGUGCUGAUGCGGACAGGGCGAGGGAGAAAUUACACGGCACGGUGGUAGAAGGCCGUAAAAUAGAGGUGAACAAUGCAACAGCACGAGUAAUGACAAACAAAAAGACAGUCAACCCAUAUGCAAAUGGCUGGAAGUUGAAUCCUGUGGUAGGUGCAGUCUACAGCCCAGAAUUCUAUGCAGUGCCAGGCUUUCCGUACCCAGCUGCCACGGCGGCUGCAGCCUACAGAGGGGCGCAUUUAAGAGGGAGAGGACGCACCGUGUACAACACAUUUCGGGCAGCAGCUCCUCCACCACACAUCCCAGCGUACGGAGGUGUCGUGUACCAGGACGGAUUUUAUAGCGCAGAUAUUUAUGGCGGUUACACUGCCUACCGAUAUGCCCAGCCUGCCGCCGCUGCCGCCUACAGUGACAGUUACGGACGAGUUUAUGCUGCCGACCCCUACAACCACGCACUUGCUCCAGCAGCCACAUACAGCGUUGGUGCCAUGAACGCUUUCGCACCGCUGACCGACGCCAAGACCAGGAGCCAUGCGGACGACGUGGGUCUCGUUCUUUCUUCGCUGCAGGCUAGUAUAUACCGAGGCGGAUACAGCCGUUUCGCUCCAUACUAAAGAAAAAAAAAAAGGAAAUAUAAUACACACACCUAACUCAACUCAACUCAACUCAACGCGAAUUCUUCCCGAGGGUGGUACAGAGGGAAUCACUUUUCCGAGGCCUGGGUAUUGCAAUACAAUGCAGUCGUGCAUCAUUUUUCAGCACCUCUUGCGGAGGAGAGAGGACAAAAAAAAAAACGGAUAUUUUUCAUCUUAUA